AUGGUCGACAGUGUGGUAGUAUGGCUGCAGGGAGACGACUCCACAGUUACCGCGGCAUUCGAUGAGUACGCGAAAUURCAGACCGAAGACGACGCGCUUCCCGUCGACAAGGAUUUGCAACCCUCAGGAAGAAAGCGAGCUUUCAUCAAAGCAGUGGUCCUGUCGUUGGCGUUGGCCACGGUGCAGAGGUUGUCCGGUGCCGGAGCCAUCAUACAGUACACUGCGAAACUUUUCUCCAUAUCCGGAUCAUCGGUGGCGCCGAACACAGCGUCGAUAAUAACCGGAAUUUUCCAGCUGACCGGUUCGGGCAUCACCAUUUUCCUCAUCGACCGGGUGGGCCGCCGAAUACUUUUACUCGUCUCGUCAUUUGUCGUGGUGGCGUGCUUGGCAAUGUUGACCCUGUACUUUUAUUUCUUGAACAAAGGCAUGCUGGAGGACUCGUUGAAAAUACUACCGAUAAUCAUAGUAUGCACGUUCAUCUCGUUCUUCAGGCUCGGUUUGGGACCGAUACCGUGGUUCAUAACCACCGAGCUGAUAGGAGCCGAUCACUCGAAUCGCGCCCAAUCGUACAUAGUCUCGUACUCGUGGAUAUUGUCGUUCGUAGUGAUGAAGACGUUUGUCAUGCUGGUCGACGAGUUUCCCGUAGCCUUGUGGCUUGUCUACACCGUCAUAUCGGUUUUCGGAUAUCUAUUCAUAUUGUUUUUCGUACCAGAGACCAACAACAAGAAUGCCGAUGAAAUCCGUCUAUCACUAGCGAAAACCUAUCACAUAAAUUCGUCCUGAUUAUAUUGUAUUAAUAAAAAAAUUACAUUAAAUUAAAUUUUUUUUAUAUAUUAUAAAUAUAUUUUUUUCUAUGAAUUCAUUAUUGUUCUAAAUAAUGCGUACAGAAAUUUACUUUUUUGUAAAUUAUUUAUGUUUACGUUAUUCUUUGUACUUUUUU